UUCAUACUUUCCUUUGCGUCCACUACUAUCUUAGGCCCCAAAAGAAAAAUUUAUACCUUAAAUUAAGAUGCUGGCGAUCUGAUAUUGGGGAUAUACAUAUCUAUCUCCAGCGCCACCCACCGCCAACACAACGACCUUUUCGCCGCCGUGAAACCCUAGUUCACAGCCACCGCCACAACUCACCACCGGAACAUUCAUCAUUUGCCGCCAUCGUCGCCCCCAAAAACCACCAUCCCACCACCCGCGAGCACCACCUCCCCCACCGUAAACCCUUCAUCGCCGCCACCCUUGUUUGCCUCAUACAUCCCGGUGGUCGUUCUUGAGAACCUUAUCUGCGACUACUGGGCCAUCUUUGUCUGCAUCUGAGUCACCAAUACUCGGUGUACGUUUCGUUAUAUCUGAGCACGAAGCUAUCGGUGAUCAAGCCUAAGUCACUGUAGAUUUAUUUCACUGUCUUAGCCGAUUUGCAACAAAAUCGCUACAUAGGAAGUUAUUUGUAACUCAUCAUAGAGAUUUGAAAAAACAAUCGUCCUGUGUUUUUCUUGUAAUUAUAUAUGGGCUGAGGUGUACAUUUCAUGGGAGGUGUAGAGGAUGAUGAACCACCCCCGUCAAAACGUGUGAAAGUAUCCUCUGGAGAAUUGAGAGGUCUUUCAGACAGUACAUCUCUUAGGGAGCCUGCAACUCGCUCGUUGAGUGACUUAAUGGCUAGGCUCCUACCGUCCCAAGGAGAUGAAGAGAUGGUUGGCUCGAAAGGAGUUAUUAAAAAGGUGGAAUUUGUUCGAAUUAUAGCUGAGGCAUUAUAUUCUCUUGGCUAUAAGAAAACUGGAGCACAUCUGGAGGAAGAGUCGGGAAUAACCUUGCACUCCUCUGUAGUAAAUUUGUUUAUGCAGCAGAUUCUUGAUGGUAAUUGGGAUGAAAGUGUAGCUUCAUUGCAUAAGAUUGGUCUAACGGAUGAAACUAUCAUUAAGUCGGCAACUUUUGUUAUAUUGGAGCAAAAGUUUUUUGAACUUCUGGAUGGGGAAAAAGUCACGGAUGCUUUGAAGACAUUGAGGACUGAGAUUGCACCUCUUUGUAUAAAUAAUAAUAGAGUCCGUGAGCUUUCCUCCUGCAUUGUAUCUCCUGCACAACGUGGACUUGUAGGGUUUCCCAGUGUAGAUAAUGGGGGGUCAAAAUCUCGGCCAAAACUGCUGGAGGAAUUGCAGAAAUUGCUUCCGCCAACAAUUAUGAUACCAGAAAAAAGGUUGGAGCAUCUUGUUGAACAGGCUCUUAACUUGCAACUAGAUGCUUGCAUGUUUCACAACUCUUUGGAUAGGGAAAUGUCAUUGUACACUGAUCAUCGGUGUGGGAGAGACCAGAUUCCUUCUCAAACUUUACAGUUAUUGCAAGAACAUUCUGAUGAAGUCUGGUUUUUGCGCUUUUCGCAUAAUGGGAAGUACUUAGCCUCAUCAUCCCGCGAUCAAUCAGCAAUCAUAUGGGAGGUUAAUGUGAAUGGUAAGGUGUCCUUGAAGCAUAGAUUAUCUGGUCACCAGAAACCCAUCUCCUAUGUUUCAUGGAGUCCUGAUGACCAUCAGCUUCUCACCUGUGGGGUAGAGGAGUCUGUCCGACGCUGGGACGUUUUGUCCGGUGAAUGCCUCCAUGUUUAUGAGAAAGUUGGUCUUGGUUUGUUAUCUUGUGCAUGGUCUGUUGAUGGGAAAUGGGUAAUCUCUGGUGUUACUGAUAAAAGCAUCUGCUUGUGGGAAUUGGAUGGGAAAGAGCUGGAGUGUUGGAAAGGGCAACGAACUGCCAGGAUUUCGGACUUGGAAGUAACAAGUGAUGGGAAACGGAUCAUUACUGUUUGUAGAGAAGCUGCAAUACUGUUACUUGACAGGGAAGCAAAUAGUGAGAAGUUCAUUGAGGAGGAUCAAGCAAUAACAUCAUUCUCUUUAUCCAGGGACAAUAAAUUCUUGCUGGUUAGUCUUCUGAAUCAAGAAAUCCAUCUUUGGAACAUAGAGCACGAUGUAAAGCUUGUUGCUAAGUAUAAAGGUCACAAACGUUCUCGGUUCAUUGUUAGAUCCUGUUUUGGCGGACUUGAUCAAGCAUUUAUUGCUAGCGGUAGUGAGGACUCUCAGGUCUGUAUAUGGCAAAGAAGCUCAGGAGAGCUCAUAGAGGCUCUACGGGGUCAUUCUGGAGCUGUUAACUGUGUUAGCUGGAAUCCGGCAAACCCACACAUGUUGGCAUCAGCCAGUGAUGACCGUACAAUCCGCAUAUGGGGCUUAGGUUGUUUUAAGAUGACGGCCAAGGGGACACACAGCAAUGGUGUCCACUAUUGCAAUGGAGGAACUUGAAUUAGGUCGAGGAAACAAGCAUGAAAUCUUCAGUCAUUGAUAUUUCUUUCCUUGACCAUUGCUUUUGUGUAAAUACUUAUAUACUUUCGUCUUAAGCAGACAUUCGUACAAACAAGCAUGUGAACUGUGCAUCUCAUCUGAAAAUAAAUUAUAUGUUGGUUCAUUUCUAGUAUCUGAUUUAUUAAUGGAUUUGGUUUGUAUUUUCUAAUAA